GCAGCAUGUUACAAUCAUGCAUCUGAAUCCUCCAGUUCAGAUUCGGGGAGUGGCUUUCGCCGGUUUCUCCUUCAACAGAAAAGGCGGGGAAGUUUCCUGUGACACCUCUCCCCCCUCCUAUUUAACUCUCUCCUCUCCUGGGCAGACGGAAUAGGCACCACCUCACCAUCGGUGCCAGAACUUCCCGUGCGGUGCUGGGGCUCUGCUUCUGCAUCGAAGAGCCUUUCCGCCUCCUGGCUCUCACAAUACCUCGAACAAUAUCUCGGUCUAAGAACGGAAGCUGAAGAGUGGAAGGGCAUCGGUGGUGGGAGGCCUCAUUAGGGAAAGCGCGCCUCGGUUUAAGAACGGUUUCAGUUUAAGAACGGACUUCCAGAAUGGAUUAAGUUCAUAAACCGAGGUACCACUGUAUAUGGAACACUCUACGGAUUGGGUGUUGAGACAUUAUGCAUGCAAAUUUGAUUCUCUAUCAUUGAAAGAAAAUCCUUCCCAAAAUGCAUUAACCAAGAUCUGGUGAUUCAGAGUUCAGAAAUUGUGUGUGUGUGUGUAUUGGAGAUUGGGUGGCAGGCAAUCUGAAUGAGGAUAAUUUCAGAAGCAUCUCCGGGAAAAACAACAACAAAGGAUUAGCUUUCGAGAGGCCUGUGUGUACUGACUGCCUUCUGCCUGCAAAUAUUGUCUUUCUCAGUUGUUGUUUUAAGAAUUUAGGAUUCACCUCAUGUUUUAACUUUAAAAGCAGUCAAUAGAGACCGAAGCUCUCAACUCCAAGGAAAAAACAGAAGGAUGUUGCUGCUGCUCUCCUCCUCCUCCUGAAUUGUAAUGUGCGGCCCUGAAAUUCUUACUCUAAAAGAUCCCCCUUUCACCCACCUCUUCUAAGCCAGUUGUGUAUUUUUUUUUCUCUGAGUAAAACGUAAACUUGCUUCCUUCUCGGAAUGAGAAAAGUGUGAGAGUCCUCAACUAUUUAAGUGGCAACAUUGUUUUCUGCACAGCUAAAACAUUAGGGAAGGAAGUGGGGGGAGUCACUUAACCAUUGAACAAAGAAAAUUAAUCACCCCCCCCCAAAGAAUAGAUCAAUAGAAGACACUGGUUUGCAUAUGUUGAUUUAUAUACCUGGAUAUAAAUUUAGAAAUCAUUCUUAUAAUUUAAAUGGAAUGCAAUACCAUUGAAAAUACAGUGGGGAAGAUAGUGAAUAACUGGCCUGUGCAGAACAGGAAACUAUCUACAGCUGGUAACUGGGAGAAAUGAGAUAUACCAUCUCUUGCAAAUAUAUAAAGUGUUCUGCUCUCCAGGUGUUAUGAUGAAGUGGAGUACAAAUUCAUAGAAUUAAAGAAAUGUAGAGUUAAAGGGAACCAAAGGGCCAUGUAGUCCAUCUCCCAGCAAUAGAUGAAUCACAGCUAAAGAAUCCUUGACAGACGGCCAUCCAACCUCUGCUUAAAAAAUCUCUAAGGAACCUCAAAUGCAGGAGAGUCCACCACCUUCUGAGGGAGUCCAUUCCACUGUUGAAUGACUCUUACUCUCAGAAAGUUCUUCCUAAUGGAGGAAGUUCUAGCCAUAGUCAAAACUGUGAUGGCCCAUCUGUAUAUUCACACCAUUGCCUGGUACUAGAAAUGCAUGUGUGAAUUAGUGGGGACAAUUGAGGGAAGCAGUUUUAAUAUGCUUUCAGUCUCCAGUAAUACACCAGUUUUCAUCUUCGCCAACUGGCCCCCAUUGAUGACUCAGCUAAUGUUUUGCUUACCCUAAGUCUGGGAUGUGGAUCAUUUUUCAGCCAGGGGGCCACCUUUCCUCCGGGCAAACCUUCCUGGGGUCACAGGCCAGUGCUGGGCGGGACAACAGGCAAAAGUGGGUGGAGCAAUCAAUGUAAAUUUUACCUUUGUACAAUAGGCUAGUUUCUACCCUUCAUCCAGGCAAGUGAGAGGAAUUAUCAGUGUUCAAAGGCACUUUCCAGACAGGCAGAAACAAUCAAGGACAAACAAGAAUGCAAGCCAAUGACCAAUAAGCAGUGCUGGAUUUACGUAUAAGCUAAACAAGCUAUAGCUUAGGGCCCCACUCUCUUGGGGGGCCCAAAAAAAUUUAAAGGGGAAAAAAACCUGGAUGUACAUUUCCAAAAUAUAAGAUUAAAAACAAAUAAAAUAAAACCUACAUACAGCAACAGUGUUUUGUGUUGUGUAGGCUCCUAUUGUUGAUUUAAGGCAGAGUCUGUUGUGCCCAGCGGAAGGAUGAGGAAAAUGUGCUCCAUACUCUAUAUUGCUUUAUUUACAGUUCAAAGCUGUUAUAUUACAGAAAGACAUCUUGCGUCUGCAAGAGGAGAAAAAUGCAUCCUCUCUCCUCAACAGCUUGGAGAGAAUCACACAGUGAAAAAAACAGGAAACCAGUGUACGUCACAUCCAGUCUCCCUUUCCCGUGAGAAACUCCAACAGUACAGACUGUGGAAUGUAAAACAAUGUCUUGUGACUGCAGUUGCUGCUCAGUGAAGGAAAUAGAAACCAACAUCCUCCCCCUUUCUGUGAACAUCACUGGGCAGCGUGUUUGCACAAUAUCAGUACAAACCCAACUUCUGCACAUAGGUACAGUGUUGAUCCCUUGAUACAAUCUUGGACAAUACAUCAGCAGGAAUUUCAUUACCUGGCAUAUAGGACACCGUUACGAGUCCCUUCUGAAUACAUUCCCUAGCAUGUUGCAACUUUAAUUGCAAGUGCUUUGUGCUUUGCUUACAACCUUCAGACUUGAGCAAAGCCAAACAUGCUUUGUUGUCCUGGUAAACCUGGAUUGGACAUUUGACAGGAAUUUUCAUAUCUUUGCACAAUUGUACUAACCAUUCACAAUCCUUAAGUGAAUAAGACAGUGCAUUCAGUUCAGCUUCACAAGUACUUAAGCUAACUGUUGUUUGCUUCUUGCAUGACCAAUCAAACAGACUCUGAUUGUACAUGUAGCAAACUCCAGACGUACUUUUCCUGUCUGUAGCGUCACUUCCAAAACUUGCAUCUGCAAAUAUCUCAAGACCACCAGACUUCUGAUUGUUAAAUCUCAGUCUGUAAUGCAUAGUGCCUUUCAAAUACCGCGCUAUGCGUUUCAGAGCUUUCAAUCCUUGACACUAGGAUUGUUGACUUGUCUGCUUAGCAAAUUACAGCUAACAGCAAU